AUGUCCUGGGAGGAGAUCAUCGAGCGACGACACGGCGCGCGAGGGACGACGCUGGCGAUCGACGCGUCGAGCGCGACGGACGCGACGGUGGGCGCGGGACGGGAGAGGGAAGAUUUGUGGGGGUGGGACGCGCGACCCGAGCGCGUCGUCGUCGUCGGCGUCGCGGGGAAGAAUCGAUCGUACGAAAGCGCGGGAGAGUUUGAUCUGGAGGACUCGCUGGAUGAGUUGGAGAGGUUGGUGAACACCGCGGGGUGCGAGGUGGUGGGGCGGAUGACGCAGCGGUUGGCGAGAGGGCCGGCGCCGGCGACGUACUUGGGAUCGGGGAAAAUCGGCGAGUUGCGCGAAAUGUGCGGAUUGCCGCGGGCGAUGGAGGCGGAUGAAGAGGACGACGACGAGCGCGAGGACGACGAAGACGAUGAGAUAUUUUGGGAGGAUGACGAGGACGAAGACGAGGACGAGGAGAGAAGUCGAGAUAGGCGAAACGGGUUCCGCGUAGACGCCGCGGCGGUGGACAUUGUGAUUUUCGACGACGAGUUGUCGCCGAAGCAAGCGCGAAAUUUAGAGCGUAAGCUCGGUUCAAAAGUGCGAAUCUGCGAUCGGACGGCGUUGAUUCUGGAUAUAUUUUCACAGCGCGCGCAAACCGCGGAAGGUCAGCUGCAGGUGGAGAUGGCGCAGCUCGAGUACGAGAUGCCGCGCCUGACAAAGAUGUGGAGUCAUCUCGAGCGACAGAGCGGAAGCGGGGCGGUGAAGGGUAUGGGGGAGAAACAGAUUGAGAUCGACAAGCGCUUGUUGCGCGAGCGCAAGUCGUUACUCAACGCGAAGAUCGAGAGCAUGCGGACGCACCGCGAGCAGUAUAGACAGAAACGGAAGGCCGAGCGUGUGCCCAUCGUCUCGCUGGCUGGAUACACAAACGCCGGAAAAAGUUCGUUGCUCAACAAAUUGACGAAUGCGGAGGUAUUGGCGGAGGACAAGCUCUUCGCGACGCUCGAUCCGACGACUCGUCGCCUCGAACUUGCGAAUGGGAUGACGGUGCUCAUGACGGAUACGGUCGGUUUCAUUCAAAAACUCCCGACGCAACUCGUCGCCGCGUUUCGAGCGACGCUCGAGGAAGUUCUCGAGUCGUCGUUGAUUCUCCACGUCGUCGACAUCAGCUCUGAUCUCUCCGAGGCUCACAUGAGCACGGUGGACAGCGUUCUCGAUGAACUCGACGCUGGUGAAAUCCCUCAGCUUCUGGUGUGGAAUAAAAUCGACAACGUCCUCGACGAAGAGGAACGUCUCGAAAUCGAAAUCGCCGCCGAAGACGCCGGCGCCGUCGUCGUCAGCACGCUCACGGGGGAAGGAUUGGACGCCCUCCAGGACAAAAUCGUCGAAAUCAUCAAAAAGCGCACGUUGAGCCGAUGCGAAAUGCUCAUACCGUACGAACGCGGCGCUUUAAUCGGCGAAAUUCGUCGAACCGGAUUCGUCGAGAGCGAAGAGUUUCUCGAAAACGGCACGCGCGUCGUCGCCCACCUCCCCGUCGGCAUGGCGCGACGCAAAGACGUCGUCGUGUACUUGACGUAG